CCACUCCCUGUAACAGCAGAGCAGCUGGAGACACAAGCAGCAGCAGCAGCAGCAGCAGCCAGACUGUCCCAAGGCUCCGAUCUCCACAGCCAUCACUAUCAGCGACAGGAUGCCUUUCGGCGGAGGGAACAAGUGUGGCGUCUGCCAGAAGGCCGUGUACUUCGCAGAGGAGAUGCAGUGCGAUGGAAAGAGCUUCCACAAGUCCUGCUUUCUGUGCACGGUGUGCAAGAAGAACCUGGACAGCACCACUGUGGCGGUUCACGGAGACGAAAUCUUCUGCAAGGCCUGCUACGGGAAGAAACACGGGCCAAAAGGGUACGGCUACGGCCAGGGAGCGGGGACUCUGAGCAUGGACAGGGGCGAGGGACUCGGGAUCAAGCUUGAAGAGCAGGGAGCACACCGUCCCACCACCAACCCCAACCCCUCCAAAUUCGCCCAGAAGGUCGGGGGGUCGGAGGUGUGCCCCCGCUGCAGCAAGGCUGUCUACGCUGCAGAAAAGGUGGUGGGCGCUGGCCAGGCUUGGCACAAGAGCUGUUUCCGCUGUGCCAAAUGUGGCAAGGGUCUGGAGUCGACCACCUUGGCGGAUAAGGAUGGAGAAAUCUACUGUAAAGCAUGUUACGCCAAAAACUUUGGCCCUAAAGGCUUUGGUUUUGGUCAAGGAGCUGGAGCGCUGGCCCAUGCCCAGUAAGAGGUGCCCGGAUCCACGCAACACCGGGACAACCCGGACCCCUCUGCUCCAAACCACUUGCCGUUCCAGCAGCCGUUCCCACUAGCGCAGCGUUACAUUCUACCCCAAGUUACAGAUACCCUCCAGCAAGAGAGUGGAGGAGAAGUUCAGGCAGUAAACGAAGAGAACAUGGACCAGUAUUUAUUUGAAUUCACUGUCACACCAUCUGUGCUUCACAUCCUCUCUGUUUUAUAGCGUGGAAGUGACCCUGUAUUCCCUGCCAAUGCUUUUCAGGCGGUAUCAACAGAGUUCCAAAAAGUCUGCAUUAUUUAGAUUCAAAAGGAAUUCAUUUCACAUUCUUUUUUUUAAAAAUUUUAUUCAAACUGGAUUUAACAAAAAAAAAAUAUAUUGACGUGAAAUAUGCAAAUUAUAACUUGAAUGAAUGUUAAAUGAGUCCAUUUAUAACACGCAAAGACAUUUCUCCACACGAAAAGGGAAAUCAAAAACAAUCUCCUUUUGAAUCUAAUCCAUUUUCAAUAAACAAAUGCUUCUUGGGAAAUGAUUUUAGAAUGCAAAAUGACUUCGCUAUGAAUGCAAAAAAAGACACUAGUUUUAAAAGCACAUACCUUGUACCAGAGCAGGGUAAACUAACCUAAAAGAUGAAAUCUGAAAGGGCGGUGCAAGCACAGAGCAGCUAGUCUCACUGCAGGGCUGCUUGCAGGGUCUCGGCUUGCGUGCGCACUGGAAUCUACCGCAGAUGCCUUCGGAUCGGUCCGCAUCCACGGCUCUGGCUUUACCUGCUUGCUCGUUCCAAAGCUCUCUGCUAAACCUCUGCUGCUUUCCAUUUAAAGAGCUCAUUCACUUCAAUAGCGUGGAACUACGAAGCCUGGCAUGUGUUCCCUCUGUUUAAUAACCGAGACCUCCCCCAAGCAUGAGCAGCUUGCACACGAGCCAGUGGUGAGGAGACGCUGUGCAGCCCCUUCACUGCACUGCAGGAAACUGCAUUAGUGGAUGCAAUGUGGCUGAAAUGUCUUGCUGGGGAAAUUGAAGGUUUGUCCUCCAAUGUAUUAAAAUAAACAGUAUUGAAAUAGUC